CGAAAUAUCAAGUUAAGUAGUGUAUCGUAGAAGUUGACAGGUACUACGUUCGUUGUGACCUCUUUGGUUUUAUGUUUACUGUUUCUCGACCUCCUGUUGCCGCGGGGAAAUUAUUUUUACGUUUUAUUAUUUGUUAAAACUACUAAUAUUUGAUUUGACAUAAUGUCUGAUCCAAGUAGUAGUAGAAAUAAUGCUCUUGUCAGUGUUCCAACAGUUGCUGAUCCUAGACCUCCUAGGAAUCUGCAAGACCUUUUGAGAUUUGCUGUUGAAACUGGAGAAAAUUCUAAUUCUAAUAAUAAUGUUGGACCAAUGGAUCCAGAGAGAAGAAGAUUUCUUGAGGAAGUUCUGAAAUCUAUGACAGUUGACAUGGCCAAAGAAUUAGCUGAUGCGAUUAAUAAAUUAAAAACUAUGGAAAAUCCUGAAACGACUCUUGAAUCAUCUGAGUAUGAAGCUGCUUUGGAUACUGUUGCAGAUUUUGUGGACCAUAUUGAUGCUGCCAUUGAUUUCUUUAAACUUGGUGGCUUCGACAUUGUGCACACCUGCUUGCAAUCUGUAUACCCGGGAGUCAGAUGGCGUAUGGCAGAUGUUGUUGCUGUUUGUACACAGAACAAUCCAUUUUGCCAGGGACAUGCUGUUACUAUGAAUUUUCUCCCUCGUCUUUUGAAUAUGGUGGAAAGUGAUUCUGAUGAUGAAUGCAAAUUAAAAGCAUUUUAUGCAGUUUCUUGCAUUGUUCGAGACAGCAGUGAGGCUCUUACGCAGUUUAGUAAUCUAGAUGGAUUUUCUGUUGUUUUGCGAUCAAUGCAGUCAAAUAAUGAAAGAUUAAAUGUGAAAGCUGCAUUUUUCACCACAACUAUGCUUGCAAACAAUGUUGAACUUAGAGAUGAUCUCGUGAGAAUGGGAUUUGUUGAAAAGUUGAUAAGACUAUUGAAGUCACCACAUGGGACUCCUCAUGAGCAUUUUGCUUCUUCACUUGUCUGGUUGGUUCAAAAUAAUGAAGAAGCUCAAGAUAUUUGCAAGAGACCAGAGUACCAAUUUGAAAUGACUCUUAGACAACUAAUUAAUGAAUAUGGACAUGAUGAUGCUUAUAGGGAAGAAAUGGUGUCCUUUAGGCAACUUCUGGAAAUAAUUUUUAACAAUGAUAAUGAAGAAGAGCGGUAAACUGACCUGAAAGAUACAAUAUAUGUUUUUAUCAUUGUUUACUACAAUUAUUUUUAUUUUUUUUUAAUUGUGAUUUUUCUUUUUAUACCUAUCAACUUUAAUGUUGAUAAAAAAAUAUUAUUAACAUAACAAAGAUUAAAGUAAUACUUCUUUUAAACAAUGGCCAUUUAAAUCUUAGGAUAGGUUACAACCUUAUUGUUCCUGGAUAUGCUUGAUAUUUAUAUUAGUUGAAAAAUAGAAAAAAAGAGUGUAUUACAAUUUAAUGUGUAAAUCAAACUAUUUUAAUUACUUUAAAAGUAAAAGAAUAUUUUGAAGUUCAGUCAUUUAAUAUGUUAAAGAAAUAUGUAAUGCAUUAUAUUUGUUGAAUUUCAAUUAGUUAUCCAAAAAAUAAAAAAUUAUGCUUA